GCUACUUGGUGGGCGCGUCCAGUGAUGACUGGGGGAUGCCGGCAAGUAACAUGACUAAAAAGAAGCGGGAGAAUCUGGGCGUCGCUCUAGAGAUGUUUGAUCACCCGGCCCCACAUGUGUGGAGUGUUUGGAAGCCAGGGUUUCCUCACGGCGUCUCCGUCACUCUGGGAUACGCUCGUGGGGCAGAUCGAUGGGCUAGAGAAGAAGCUGUCCCAGUGUCAGAGAGACCUAGAGGCUGUGAACUCCAGGCUCCACAGCGGGGAUCUGAGCCCAGAGGCCAGGAGGUCCCUGGAGAAGGAGAAAAACAGCCUAAUGAGCAAAGCCUCCCACUACGAGAAGGAACUGAAGUUGCUUCGGCAAGAGAACCGGAAGAACAUGCUGCUCUCUGUGGCCAUCUUCAUCCUUCUGACCCUUGUCUAUGCCUACUGGACCAUGUGAGCCUGGCACUUCCCCACAGCCAGCACAGGCUUCCACUUGGCCCCUUGGUCAGGGCCAGGCAGGCACUUCAAGCCUCAACAGGACCAAGGUGCCAGGACAUCCCCCUCCUAGCUUCCUGGCGGCCCAGGCCGCCUUGCCUCCCCAGCCUGCUGGGGGGUUCUGUGUCUCCAGAAGGACAUGGUGGCAAUAAAGAACACCAAGCUGCUUCUGUCUGAUUCUGCAAGACACACUGAUAAACCCAGGAUUGGGUGGAAAUACAGCAUCUCAGCAGUGCUGCUGCCAGCCUGGGGGUGGGAAGCUGGAUGCUGGCUGAAGGACCCCCAUGGUGAAGUCGAUUCCAACCUCACAGGAGCCUCGGUGCCCUAUCUAUCUCCAUGGAAACCAGCCUGGCACUGGGAUGGGGCCCUAGGGAGCCUGCAUGAACAUCUCUGAGAGGUAUUUCCCAUUA